CUUUCGGUUCGUUUUGAAACCGCUCCGUCUGAUAUGAUGCGGAGGGAAGAUUCAAAUUUAGAGCAACGGAGACGGUCGAAGUAAAACACAGUCUGUAAAAUGAACCGACAAGUGAAAUGUAAAACACCCCGAAGGCCUCCUCCUAGAAAGCCUCCUAACAGCCAAAAGGACCCAGUAGGGGUGUAUCUACGUGUGCGGCCCCUGACUGCGGAAGAUGAGGAAUGCUGUAUUGAGGUGAUCAGCAGCACCACCGUCCAGCUGCAUGCUCCAGAGGGCUUCAAAGUAAACCGCAAUGGAGAAUAUAAAGAGACGCAGUACUCCUUCAAAAAAGUUUUUGGAGUUUCUGUAUCACAGCUGGAGCUCUUUGAGCAUGUGGCCAAACCUCUUGUUGUGGACCUCCUUCAUGGAAAAAAUGGUCUGCUCUUCACAUACGGUGUCACAGGAAGUGGAAAAACUUUCACCAUGACUGGCUCUCCAGGUCUGGGAGGAUUGCUGCCACGCUCCCUUGACAUGAUUUUUAACAGCAUCGGCCCCUUUCAGGCCAAAAGAUAUGUUUUUAAGACGGAUGAUAAAAAUGGUAUGGAAAUUCAAUGUGAAGUUGAUGCCUUGUUGGAGCGUCAGAAACGGGACAGCAAUUUCACCGUCCCUAAAACUCCUUCCUCCAGACAAAAGGUCGACCCUGAAAUUGGAGACAUGCUCAGACCAGAAGAGGCUUGUAAAGCAGACAAUGUGGAUGAAGACAGCAGCUACAGCAUCUUUGUCUCCUAUAUUGAAAUCUACAACAACUACAUUUAUGACCUCUUGGAAGAAACUCAGGAAGAUGCAAUCAAGCCAAAGUGGAAUGGUGGAGGCACACCUGUGCGUCAGAACACAGAUUUCAUACCGCCUCAAUCUAAAAUCCUUAGAGAGGAUCAGAAUCACAACAUGUACGUAGCUGGUUGCAUGGAGGUUGAAGUCAAAUCUGCCGAAGAAGCGUUUCAAGUGUUCUGGAGAGGUCAGAAGAAGAGAAAAGUUGCAAACACUCGGCUGAACAGAGAGUCAAGCCGUUCUCACAGUGUGUUUAUUAUCAAACUGGCUCAGGCUCCUCUGGAUGCAGAUGGUGACAACAUUCUCCAGGAUAAAAACCAGGUGAGUGUCAGUCAGCUGUGUCUGGUGGACUUGGCAGGAAGUGAACGCACUGCUAGGACUGGAGCUGAGGGCACACGGAUACGCGAAGCAGGAAAUAUAAAUCAGUCUCUCCUGAAUCUUCGAACGUGCAUGGAAAUACUCCGAGAGAACCAAAUGUAUGGCACUAAUAAGAUGGUGCCUUACAGAGACUCCAAAGUCACCCACCUGUUUAAAAACUACUUUGAUGGAGAAGGAAAAGUCAGGAUGGUUGUAUGUGUCAACCCCAAGGCGGACGAUUAUGAAGAAACUAUGCUGGUGAUGCGGUUUGCAGAGAUGACCCAGGAGGUGGAGGUGGCUCGUCCAUUGGACCGGCCCAUCUGUGGAUUCACCCCUGGACGCCGCCAUCGAAACCAGGCUUUUAAAGAGGAGCGUGGUGCUCUGAUAGACAACGAUGGGACCUCUGUUGUAAAUGGUAUGCUGCUGAGCCUACCUCCACUGCCCUCCUGUGAACUGACUGACCCGAACGAUGAGAUCACCCUGCCUCGGCUGAUUGAAGCCCUGCAGAACAGACAGAGGAUCCGGCAGAUGAUAACUGAUGAAUACAACAGAGAAGCCAACAUGAUGAAGUCUAUGCUUCAACAGCUGGACUCCAGCCUUGCUUCUAAAGAGAAUUUGAUCCAUGAGCAGAAUUGCAGACUGGCAGAGAAAGAGAAAGUGAUCCAGAGCAACAAGACUGAGAUUGACCGUUUAGAGAAGAAGAACAAAACGCAAGAACACAAGAUCGAUAUCUUGCAGAAAACGACUAAAGUCUAUGAGGAUGACAAGCGUUCCCUGCAGCAGGAGCUGGAAACCAGGGGGCAUAGGCUGCAGAGAGAGCUUUCUGAGAAGAGACGCAUGGAGCAGCGCCUGCAGGGCAUGGUCUCAGACACAAAGCAUAAGUGGGAGAAAGAAUGUGAAAGACGCGUGAACGCCAUGCAGCUGGAAAUGCAGAACAAGCUGUGGGUAAAAGAUGAAAAACUGAAACAACUCAAGGCCAUAGUAACAGAGAGCAAGACUCCUGGUCGCCCUGAUCCGCCACCGCGUCAGACUCAGACCAAGCCUCAGCGGCCAUCCAGGGAGGAGCGGCCCCCAGCAAAGAGAUCAGCAUCACCAUCGCCUCUUCCUACGACAACACCGGUGCGGCCCCUCCACCGUCGUUCCCGCUCUGCUGGCGGAGAGAAAUGGGUGGACCACAAGCCGUCAUCUAGCCUAGACCUGGGGACAGUCCUGCAGCCCGUCAUCCCCAACGCCAUCCAGGUGUCCACGCCCAACGAGAAGGCGCUGUCUAAGUGUGACAGAUACGUUUUAACACACCAGGAGGUGGCCUCUGAUGGAGAGAUACAGACCAAACUUAUAAAGGGGGAAGUGAUUAAAACCAGAGGAGGAGGCCAAGCUGUUCAGUUCACAGACAUUGAGACACUUAAACAGGAGCUUACCACCACUACAGUCCCAAGUCGAAAAAGGAAAUCUUCAGAAGGCGCCUCAGCAAGCGGAGAUCAAACAGAUGGUGCUUGGACUGAUGUGGAAACACGGUGCUCUGUUGCUUUGGAGAUGAAGGCAGGAUCAAACAUGGGCCCUGGAUAUGAGCAUCAUGGGAUCACAAAGCGGAGAAGACCCUAAAAGCUGCUGGUGGCUUCAACAGUUACAGUUACUCCCCUCUCCUGGCUGCUGUGCAAUAUUCUAAACUUGUGUUUUAUUAAUGGCUCUUGUCCUCAUAUUUAUGCUUUUUUUCCAUGCUUUUUAUACAUGAAAAGGAUUAAUAGACAUAGGUCACCAAAGUGUUUGUAAAAGAUGCUUUAUUUUGGUCAGUUAUGGUAAAGGUUGACUCUGUCCAAAGUGAUAUUCGUUUACUUCCCACUAUUUGUAUGAAUAUUUACUUGUAUUAAGCUUCCAGUAGAGGUUUAAUGACAUUGAGUCACUGUUGAUCUACUUGGGAAUAAAAAUUCC